CGCUAUCUGAUCUCCUCCAAACUGUAUCAAGAUGGAGGAGGAAAGGCAAUCGCAACAUGGUUCUUUCACCUGCUCGUCGAGAUCACCAUCUUGUCAUACCAUUUAAUUUUGCUUACACUUUUCAUAUCUUGUCUCCCGCUCUGCUCGGCUUCUUUGUAUUCAGAGAUAGAAGAACGACUGGUCGAGCCCAGCGAAGAUCUAGACGUUCAAGAGUCCAUCGGAUCAGCACUGGAGCGCUUAGCCAAGUCUGGAGUUCUUCUGGUUGAUCAAUCCCCGUAUCCCCCCCCGUUAGACGCUGCAUCUGACUACGGCGUUUCGGCAAACGAUCUUCGUCGUCGUGACGAUCUGGUUGGCGAUGAUUCUACUUCCUCUUCUGCUUCAGUAGAAUCGAUCGCGCAAUCUUCAUCUUCGCCGACGACUACAACGUCGGCGGCAGCUGGCAUCGCGACAGCUACAUCGGCCAGCAUGAGUUCAGUACCAACCCCUUUCGACAGUGGGUUUAGUUCGAAUAUCACAACCACUUGCUCGUCAUUUAUGAAUGAUAUGCUUGCGAAUGCGGCAUUCAAAUCAUGUCUGCCAUUCUCUCUCCUACUUGAAAACUCCCUAUCCUUCUUCCAAGCCGCAAAAAGCAUCACCAAAAUGUCCCAAACCCUCGACGUGACAUGCGCAGCCAACGUAACAUCCUGCACAAAAACCAUGACCUCCUUCGCUUCCAACAUCACCUCCACCUCCGGCUGCAGCUCCGAUCUCACAUCCAAGAACCCCCUCAUCGUAUCCGCGCAACUGGGUCUCCUAGCCUACAAACCAAUGUACACAGCCUCCUGCCUGCGCAACCCCAGCACAAGCGCAUACUGCUUCGCAGAAGCCAUCACCAACUCCUCGAACCCUUCCGAUAGCUUCAUCUACCACCUCCCGCUCAACGUCACGCUACCUGGCGGUAGUAUGCCGACGUGCAAUACUUGUCUGCAGCAGACAAUGGCUGUUUUCGAGGCGGCGAGUUCUGAUCGCACGGGUGCGCUCGCGAGUGAUUAUGUAGAGGCUGCGACGCAGGUUAAUGCGAUAUGCGGCCCGACAUUCGUCAAUGCGAGUCUAGCGGCCCCUAUAAAAUCAUCCGGUGCCGAAUCCCUAUCAAGCAGUCAUACAGGGAUGCUGGUCUUAGUCUUGGUUGUCGCGAUCUGGCUGCUAUAG